AUGAUGAACAGCACAGAGGCGCUAUUAGAGCUUGCGGAUGUGCCCAAGCAAGUGAACUUCAAUGGCACUCAGGUGUCACACAGCCCUCCUGUUUGGGCAGUUGUCCACACAGCCACCUUGACCUUUUGCUCCCUCCUUCUCGUCUUCAUCUUCUGCCUGGGCUCCUACGGAAACCUCGUGGUUUUCCUGUCCUUUUUCGACCCGGCCUUCCGCAAGUUCCGCACCAACUUCGACUUCAUGAUCCUCAACUUGUCCUUCUGCGAUUUGUUCAUCUGCUGUGUGACGACCACCAUGUUUGCACUGGUGCUCUACCUGGAUGCAGGCGGAGUGGGCGGCGUAUCCAAAAGCUUCUGCUUCGCCUUCCACCUGACUAGCUCGGGUUUUAUCAUCAUGUCGUUGGAGACGGUGGCCGUCAUCGCGCUUCACCGCCUGCGCAUGGUCCUGGGCCAGCAGCCCAACCGCACCGCUUCGUUUCCAUGCACUCUAGCCCUCACCGCCCUGCUAUGGACGUCCAGCUUUACCAUGGCGGCCCUCCUCACCAUGCGGGCGUACCCACGCAGGGAUGGACCCUGUUUGCCUCACUUCGGUCUCGGAGGAGGGCGAGCCAGGUUAGUGCUGUACGCCUACCUUGCUGACUUUGCUUUUUGUGUAGGUGUGGUGUCAGUGUCCUAUCUGUUGAUUGCACAGACCCUGAGGAAAAACGCUCAAGUGAGGAAGUGUCCCAUUAUUACUGUGGCGGCCACCUGCACUCCACCCCCGCCACCUAUGGCAGUGACAGGAUUUGAGGGGGUGCCGUGUAGUGCUCAAGGCCCCUUGUACCGUAAUCAAAUGUACAACAAAUUACAGAAUGUUCAGACGCACGCUUACACCAACAGGACCAAGCAAGCGGUAGUCCCGGGGGCAGCCCAGGGAGCCACCUGCUGCCAGCUGGCCUCCACAGUCAACUUGGCCACCGCUAAGGACUCCAAAGCUGUCGUCACAUGCGUAGUCAUCGUGUUUUCAGUGCUGCUGUGUUGCCUGCCGAUGGGGAUCUCCUUGGCACAGGACGUUCUUUCACCUGAGAGCACUUUUGCACAUUACCAGUUCGAACUGUGUGGCUUCGUCCUCAUCUUCCUUAAGUCCGCCAUCAACCCCUUCGUGUACUCGCGCAACAGUGCCGGCCUGCGCCGCCGUGUGCUCUCUUGCUUGCACUGGGCCGCACUGGGACUGCUGUGCUGCAAGCACAAGACUCGCUUGCACGCCAUGGGCAAGGGCAGCCUGGAAGUUAACCGGAACAAAUCCUCACACCACGAGACUAACUCGGCGUACGUUCUCUCGCCCAAGGCGCAGAGGAGGCUAGUGGACCAGGCGUGCGGGCCCAGUCAGUCCAGAGAGUGUGGCCCAAGUCCCAGGGGUGCUCGGAGGCCUCACCCUGCCAGCACAUCCACCCCUAUUAACACUCGUAUUGAGCCAUACUACAGUAUAUACAACAGCAGUCCCUCCGCUGGUCCCAGCUCACCCACCAGCCUCCAGCCUGCCAGCUCGCAGACAUUUGCCUUUGCCAAGUCCUACGUGGCCAUGCACUACCACACACAUCAGGACACCCUGCAGGACUUUGAGAGCACCUCAGUGCAACAGAUCCCCAUCCCCUCUGUCUAA